AUGCCCAACACAAGCCUUCGACAGCCGCAAAAGGGUUUCCGCCGAGGCGGCAAAUCUGCCUAUCAUGGCAACCGAACGCGGACAUUCGCCGCCUCCUCUCGAGCCGAGGGCACAUCUGCAGACGAGAGAUGGGAGCGCACCAGGCUGGCGCAAACCAUUGACGAGAACAUGGGCUUCGCCCGCUGCGAAACCGCCAAGCGCAAAGAAGGCUGGCUUGUCAACGUACAGCCCACGGCGAUUGAGGACGAUAGAUUGCCCGCCGGACGAGCUGCCCUCGACUGCUACUUUAUCGAGCACGACGGCUCGACUUUCAAGGCAACCGUCGAGUACGACCCAUACUUCCUCAUCGCUGUAAAGCGCGGCCGCGAAUCCGAAGUCGAAGAAUGGGCGAAGAGGGUCCCUGGCGGCGGUGUUGUCAAGUCGAUGCAGAGAGUGGAAAAGGAUGAUUUGAGCAUGCCCAAUCACUUACUAGGGUAUCGCCGCACAUACAUCCAGCUCAACUUCGCCAAUGUCAACGACUUGAUGGCUGCCAGAAAAGAAAUUAUGCCCAUCGCCGAAAAGAACAAGAAGAAUAUGAGUGCCAUGGACGCAUACGCCGAGGUCGCUACUGCCAAUGGAAACGGCAACUUCGACCUGUUUGACGAUGUACAAGCGGACGAACGGCACAUGGCAGACUCAUACUCAGACGCUAGCGACUACAUCGUCGACUUGCGCGAGUAUGACGUCCCCUACCAUGUACGAGUAAUGAUAGACUUAGAUAUACGAGUUGGAAAGUGGUAUUUUGUGAACGUCAAGCACGGCGUAACAAAGAUCCUGCCAAAUGCCCAGAGAUCACUGCCCGCCGAACCCGUCGUGCUCGCAUUUGAUAUCGAAACGACGAAACUUCCUCUCAAAUUCCCCGACGCGACAAUAGAUCAAGUCAUGAUGAUAUCAUACAUGAUUGAUGGCCAAGGAUUCCUCAUCACAAACCGCGAAAUCAUCUCGGAAGACAUCGGUGACUUUGACUAUACACCGAAACCAGAAUAUCCUGGCUCGUUCAUGAUUUUCAACGAACCCGACGAAAAGGCAACGCUGGAGCGCUUCUUUGCUCACGUCAAAGAGGCUCGUCCCACCGUUAUUGCAACUUACAACGGUGAUUUUUUCGAUUGGCCCUUCGUCGAAGCCAGAGCGAGUGUCAACGGCAUUGACAUGUACCACGAAAUCGGCUGGAAGAGAGACAGCGACGAGCAAUACAAGUGCAACUACAGUGUCCACAUGGACUGCUUCCACUGGGUGAACAGAGACUCGUAUCUUCCUCAAGGAUCUCGCGGUUUGAAAGCAGUCACCGUUGCGAAGCUCGGCUACGACCCCGACGAACUCGAUCCUGAACUCAUGACACCAUAUGCUAGCGAACGGCCGCAGACGCUUGCCGAAUACUCAGUUUCAGAUGCCGUGGCUACAUACUACCUGUACAUGAAGUAUAUUCACCCAUUCAUCUUCUCUCUUUGCACCAUUUUGCCUCUUGGGGGCGACGACACCCUACGGAAAGGAACAGGAACCCUUUGCGAGAUGCUUCUCAUGGUCCAAGCAUAUCAGAGAGAAAUUGUGCUACCAAACAAACAUGUUGCACCAAAAGAAGCCUUUUGGGAUGGCCAUCUUCUUGACUCGGAAACAUAUGUCGGAGGUCACGUUGAGAGUAUCGAGGCUGGUGUCUUCCGUGCUGAUAUUCCGGUCGACUUUUCUGUGGACACUGGUGCGGUCGAUGAGCUGAUCAAGGACAUCGACGCCGCGUUAGAAUUCGUUAUUACUGUUGAGGAAAAGAAGUCUCUCGAUGAUGUCGAGAACUAUGACGAGGUGAAGGCACAAAUCCUUGAAAGGCUCAAUCUCUUGAAGGAGACGCCCAAUCGACACGAGCGGCCGCUCAUCUACCAUCUUGAUGUUGCCUCCAUGUAUCCCAACAUUAUGACAACAAAUCGUUUACAGCCUGACUCUAUGAUUACAGAGUCUGACUGUGCGGCAUGUGAUUUCAACCGACCUGGCAAAACCUGCGACAGACGACUACCUUGGGCAUGGCGAGGUGAAUACCUACCGGCAAAGCGUAACGAGUACAACAUGAUCAGAAAUGCUCUAGAGAAUGAGAAAUUCCCCGGCAAAUAUCCAAAUUCACCAAUGCGCACAUUCGAGGAGCUUCCAGCAGAUGAGCGGGCCAAUCUAGUCAGAAAACGACUGCAACUCUACUCGCAGAAGGUUUACCACAAGAUUCACGAUUCUACAACCAUCGUUCGAGAGGCCAUCAUUUGUCAGAGAGAAAACCCGUUUUACAUCAACACCGUCCGUGAUUUCCGUGAUCGACGAUACGACUACAAAGGCAAGGCAAAGGUGUGGAAAGGGAAGACCGAUUCGUUAAAGUCCUCUGGGGCGUUAGCGAGCGAAGUCGAUGCAGCAAAGAAGAUGAUCAUUCUUUACGACUCGCUGCAGCUUGCGCACAAGGUUAUUCUGAACUCAUUUUAUGGCUAUGUCAUGAGAAAAGGUUCUCGCUGGUACUCGAUGGAAAUGGCUGGUGUUACCUGUUUGACUGGAGCCACCAUCAUUCAACUCGCUAGACAACUGGUUGAGAGACUUGGACGACCGCUGGAGCUGGAUACCGAUGGUAUUUGGUGCAUGCUUCCCGCUACGUUCCCCGAAAACUUUGCUUUCAAGCUCAAGAAUGGCAAGAAACUCAACAUUUCCUACCCUUGUGUCAUGUUGAAUCAUCUGGUCCACGACAAAUUCACAAAUCACCAAUACCAGACACUUACGGAUCAAAAGACAUUCAAGUACGAGACUCACAGCGACAACUCCAUCUUUUUCGAAGUCGAUGGUCCUUACAGGGCUAUGAUUCUGCCUACCUCAAAGGAGGAGGAUAAAAACUUGAAGAAGCGAUAUGCCGUCUUCAACGAUGACGGUAGUCUAGCUGAACUGAAGGGAUUCGAGGUCAAGAGACGUGGUGAGCUAAAGCUUAUCAAGAUCUUUCAGCAACAAAUCUUCAAGUUUUUUCUUGAAGGUGAGGAUCUGGCCCAGUGCUACGCAGCAGUGGCAAAGGUGGCCAACAGGUGGUUGGACGUUUUACAUAGCAAAGGAGCGACUUUGGCCGACGAAGAGUUGAUGGAGCUGAUUUCUGAAAAUCGAAGCAUGUCAAAAACAUUGGAGGAGUAUGGAAGUCAAAAGUCGACGAGUAUUACCACCGCGAAGCGUUUAGCCGAUUUCUUGGGAGAGCAGAUGGUCAAAGACAAGGGACUGAACUGCAAGUUCAUCAUCUGCGCUCGCCCCAGAAACGCUCCUGUCACUGAAAGAGCUGUUCCUGUUGCCAUCUUCUCUGCCGAAGAAUCCAUCAAACGCACGUAUUUAAAGAAGUGGCUGAAGGAAGAACCCGCUGAUACCGAUCCCCGUGCACUCUUGGACUGGGAUUAUUAUCUUGAGCGACUCGGCUCCGUCAUCCAGAAGCUUAUAACAAUUCCGGCAGCGCUACAGAAAGUCCGCAAUCCUGUUCCGCGUGUGGCUCAUCCCGACUGGCUCCAGCGACGAAUCAACAUCAAGGAGGACAAGAUGAAGCAAAAGAAGCUCACUGAUCUGUUUCAUAAGGAGCCUCUGGGUGACAUUACUAACCUGAGUAGCGCCCGCAUGGACGACAUGGAAGACUACGGUGCUAAGCUGUUGAAGCCAAAGCCAAUCAAUGCAGCGAUUGCCUCGUCACAGCCAGCCCCUAUUUCACAGAAGCGCAAAUCGCCAGAGCCUGUUGAGACUGCUGAUCCAAUGGCAGCCCUCCCCAAGGCUAUGCCCAGCCCGUCCGAGGACUACGUGAGCUUUCUCGAGUACCAGAAAAAGAAGUGGAAGCUUCAAAAGCAGGCUCGCGUUCGUCGCCGCCAACUCUUUGGUGAAAGGAGAGGCCAUGCCGGAAGCAACAUUCAGCAAACUUUCAUGAAGCAAGCACACUUGACCUUCAUGAACACAUGGCAGUUGCUUCAGCUGCGCUUAACAGACACUCCCGGAAUUGUGACGGCAUUUGUUCUCAUCGAUGCCAGAAUUCACACUCUCAAGAUCCGCGUUCCACGACAAAUAUUCAUUAACCUGCGCGGUAAGAAGCUACCCGACAUUGAGAUUGAGGGCUGCGAGGUUGAGCAAGCCAACUACACCUUGCCCAAUGGCCAUCCAUCCAGCUAUCUGUUCAGACUCUUGGUCUCUGAGGAAACAUAUUACAACGAGGCAACAAAGUUCUCUUCCCUCUUCCACCACCCAAGCGUUGAGGGUGUCUAUGAGAAGCAGGUCCCCCUCAAUGUCCGCGCUGUGCUUCGCCUUGGAAACCUGUGCACGAUUGAUGAGCAGCAAAACGCCGUGCUGGGUAAAGGUCUUGAGCAUGGCUUUGAUCUCGGUAGCCUUAAGCGACCUACCAAAACAAGAACAUACCUCGACUCGUCGCCGUUGGCCUAUAUUUACAUUUCUCAUAUUACUGCCGGCGAUCGCCAGAUCUUUGGCAUCUUUUCGACCACUUCGGACAAGGCCAACAUUAUCAUUUUGCACAAAAAUCGCGACUCUGGCCAAGACUUGCCCAACAUCACACGCAUGUAUUCUGAAAUGUUGUCGAAGCGAGCGGAAGAGGCUGCUGGCACAAAUUGGCAAGAUUGCUUCACAUACAAAGAGAAAGUGACUUUCAAGAUUACACAGAUGACUACGAGACGCAAGGCUCAUCUCGAGAUUGGAGAUGUCGUUAAGCAGAUGCGCAAGGAGGAACAUCGCCCGCAGAUGCUGGUCAUUCAGUCCUUGCAACGCAACUUAUUGAUCAACGACGUUCCUGUCCUGGGAGAGUUUCCCAUCCUGCCGCUCAAGUACGAUGUGUCAGACAGUUCUCUGCCUCCACUAGGCUGGCAAACUGUCGUCGCCAGACGUCUACUGGGACACUACCUUGGUCUUGGCUCGUGGAUUUUGCAUCUCACGGCACUCGCUCGCUAUGGCGACGUACCGCUGUGCAACUUGGAGCGGGAUGAUCCUCGUUACUUGAUUGACAUUGCCUACGCCAGGCGUCUGCAGGCGAACAAGAUCGUGCUGUGGUGGUCGCCCGGGUCUCGUCCCGACCAUGCUGGCCACGAGAAGGAUGACCUUCUCAGCCCUCUUGAUGUUGUCAAGAUGGCGAAUGUUAACAAUCCCGGCACCUACUCGUCUGUCUGUAUCGAUUUGGAUGUUCGUAACCUCGCGAUUAACACCAUAUUGACGUCGUCCUUGGUAAAUGAGCUUGAGGGUGCUGAAUCAGUAGCAUUCAACCCUUCCGCAGAUGAUCCAAACAGCUUCGUGCCGGACAACGCAUUUUCCCACUCAGCUGUCUUGGUUCUGCGCGAGAUGGUGAAGGCCUGGUGGGCCGAAGCCUGCCGGGGAAGUACCAUGGCAGAUGUUAUGGUACAACACCUGGUUCGCUGGGUCGAGAAUCCCGAUUCGUUCAUGUACGACCGUAGUCUCCAUUACUACGUACAGAUGAUGUCGAGAAAGGCAUUCCAGCAGCUCAUGGGCGACUUCCGCCGCGUUGGCUCCCAGGUUGUGUUUGCCAAUGCAAAUCGACUCAUUCUGCAGACAACCAAAGCCGAAGUUGGAAAUGCUUUCGCCUACAGUCAAUACAUUAUCAAGUCGAUCAAGAGCAAACCACUUUUCCACUUUAUCGAUCUGGAGAUCAAAGAGUACUGGGACUACUUGGUCUGGUACGACGAGUUCAACUAUGGAGGCAAGGCAUGUCAAGAGGUUGUGGAGGCCGAUGAGCAGCCUUUGGAGACGAUCAUGCACUGGCAAAUGGCAUCAUUCUUGCCAAAGCGCCUGGAACCCACCUUUCAAACCUGGGUCGUUGAGUUUAUUCAACUCAUGCACGGGCUGAAGCGCCAAGCAACAAAUGGCCCAGACUCGACGCCUCGACUCACACAGCUGCCUGUCCGCAACAUUGAAAACGAAGACAGCCAGAUCAUUCUCGGAAGCAACUACGAAAAACCGCUAAAGAAGGUCAUCACGAAGUUGAUAGCUCAGCAGAAGCGUGAGCUGCUGCAUCCAGAGCUUGCCGGAGACUACUCGUUCCCUGACCUACCGGGCUCUCACUUGCGUCCGCGCAACGCAAUCCUUGAACUCGUCAAAUCACUCAUGCAGAUCCUCUCUCUCGACAAGAAUAUCACCCUGGAAGCACGACUGUUGCGCAAAGAGCUCCUCGCGCUCUUCGAGGUGCGAGAGUUCUCUAAGGAAGGCACCUUUGCGAAUCCGUCCGAGAGCUUGAAGCUGUCGCAGUUCUCGUGCGACAGCUGCACCAUGGCGCGCGAGCUGGACUUUUGCCGCGAUGAGGAGCUUCUCAGCGCGGGCGGUGCCGCCAACGGAGCAGGCUGGCACUGCCCCUUCUGCGGUGCCGAGUACGACCGGGUGACGAUUGAGGAGCGGCUGCUGGCCAUGGUGGAGGGCUGGACGGUCGAGUGGGCGACACAAGAUCUCAAGUGCGUGCGCUGCGGUGCGCUGAGGCAGAAUGAUUUCAUGGAGCGCUGCACUUGCAGCGGUGAAUGGAAGGAGACGGUGUCGAGGCAGGAGAUUGCGCGCAAACUUGCCGUUAUUCGGCGUGUGGCCAAGUAUUACGACCUUAGGAUGCUCUCGGAUGUUGCCAGUCGCUUCAGCGAGGGUAUGUAA